UUUGGUCCAAUCGAACUCGGGAGACAUUCUGGGAACGUUUGUUUCUCAUGGCCUUCUCGAGAGUCGCUGUUCUUCACCAGCGGUUCUUCAGACAACGCCAUUCCCGCAGACCCUUCUCUACGAAGCACGAGAACAUCAGUUUUCUUGCUCCCGAUCAGUCGGAGCUUGCUCGGAACCUAAUUUCCAUCUUCACUAGACAACCCUUUUCCCCGGACGAUCCCGAGCUGCGGAAACUCGCGCCCAAGCUCACCACCAAGGUUGUCGAAACCGUCUUGAAUGGGUUCAAUAGGUGGGGUUUAGCUUACUUGUUCUUCAAUUGGGCUUCGAAGCAAGAUGGGUAUAGGAACGAUAUCUAUGCUUACAAUGCCAUGGCUUCGAUCCUAUCACGUGCUCGACAGAAUGCCCCACUGAGAGCUUUAGCGAGAGACGUUGUGAAUUCUCGUUGUUUGAUGUCCCCUGGGGCAUUAGGGUUUCUGAUUAGGUGUCUGGGUUGUGCUGGGUUGGUGGAAGAGGCAAGUUUCGUUUUUGAUCGAGUUCGAGAGAUGGGAAUUUGCGUUCCGAAUGUUUAUACCUAUAAUUGUUUGUUAGAAGCAUUUUCUAAAUCUAGUUCAAGCUCGAUUGAGUUGGUUGAGAUGAGGUUGAAAGAGAUAAGGGAUUGCGGGUUUCAUUUCGAUAAAUUUACCCUUACCCCAGUUUUGCAGGUUUAUUGCAAUACUGGAAAAUUCGAUAGAGCAUUGAGCGUUUUCAACGAGAUUCAUGAUCGAGGUUGGCUUGAUGAACAUGUAUCGACAAUCUUGGUCGUGUCAUUUUGCAAGUGGGGUCAGGUGGAUAAGGCAUUUGAAUUGAUCGAGAGGCUGGAAGAACACCAUAUCAGCUUGAACUAUAAGACUUACUGUGUUUUGAUUCAUGGGUUCGUAAAGGAGUCUCGGAUUGACAAAGCACUUCAGUUGUUCGGAAAAAUGCGUCAGAUUGGUUUGACUGCGGAUGUUGCGUUGUAUGAUGUGUUGAUAGGAGGACUCUGUAAACAUAAAGGUCUCGACAUGGCUUUGAGUUUGUAUUUGGAGAUUAAGAGAUUGGGGAUUCCACCUGAUAGGGGAAUUCUUGGAAAGCUAAUAUGUUCAUUUUCUGAAGAAAGCGAUUUAACUCGGCUAGCAGAAGUAACCGUCAGAGACAUGGACACAAAAUCCGUAAUGCUUCUUUACAAAUCGAUUUUGGAGGGAUAUAUCCGGAAGAACUCAUUGGACGAAGCUUACAAUUUUGUUCGAGCACUGGUGGGAAAUCCUGAGUCUGAUGGUAUCCCUGUGAUUAUUAGGCUUCUAAAGGACUGUAAGAAAGCAAUUCCCCCAGAUUCUUAUUCAUAUAGCAUUGUGAUUGACAGCUUACUCAAAGCUAAUAGGUUGGAUAUGGCGGUGAACCUGUUCCAUGAUAUGGUCCAGAAGGGCCUUAGUCCCAGCCUCGCAAUGUAUAACAACAUAAUCGAGAGCAUGUGUAAAGAAGGAAGGUCUGAAGAGAGCUUGAAACUUUUAAGGAACAUGAAGGAGGCUGGAGUUGAACCGAGCCAAUUUACGCUUAAUUGUAUUUACGGUUGCUUGAGUGAAAAAUGUGAUGUUGCAGGUGCUCUUGAUCUGCUGAAAAAGAUGCGUUUCUAUGGAUUUGAGCCAUGGAUAAAGUAUUCAACCUUGCUUGUCAAAAAUCUUUGUGAGAAUGGGAGAGCAUUUGAAGCUUGCAAAUUUCUUGAUGAUGUGGUUGGGGAAGGUUUCCUUGGUCACAUUGUUGCCUAUACAGCUGCAAUUGAUGGUCUGGUAAAACAUGAGGGAGUAGACAGAGCUUUGGAGUUAUUCCAAGACAUAUGCACUCAUGGGCAUUGCCCUGAUGUGAUUGCGUAUAAUGUAUUGAUAAAGGCUCUCUGUAAAAGGCAGAGAGCUAAAGAAGCUGAGAAUUUGGUAAACGAGAUGAUAUUGAAAGGGUUAAAACCUUCUGUUGUUACAUAUAAUAACAUGAUAGACGGAUGGUGCAAGGAGGGUGAGAUUGGGCAAGCCAUGACUUGUUUCAAGAGGAUUAUGGAGGAUGAGAAAGAGCCUGAUGUUAUUACAUAUACAAGCUUAAUCCAUGGACUAUGUGCUAGUGGAAGGCCUGAUGAGGCAAUCAUGCUGUGGAAUCAAAUGAAGGAAAAAGAUUGCUGUCCUAACAGAAUCACUUUCAUGGCACUUAUUCAGGGUCUUUGCAUGUGUGGCAGGUCAAGCGAAGCCUACGUUUACUUUUGUGAGAUGGAAGAAAAGGAGAUGGAGCCCGAUUCAACCGUUUACUUAUCACUUAUAGGCGCUUUUCUGUCUAGUGAAAACAUUAGCACGGCUUUUGAGAUAUUCAAAGAGAUGGUUCAUAAGGGACAGUUUCCCGAGUCAGUAGAUAAGAACUAUCUGAUUGCUAUAGAUGCAAUGAACAAGUUUGUGAAGAACUCUAGGACUUCCUGUUAUUUAACAGGUCUAAUAAAAGAUGGCAGGUUGCCCUCGGUGCACAUUUUACGUGCUGGGAGUGGAAAAUGUGCCUGAAACUUGUAACUGAUACAGAGGAUAUUACCAAGUUUUUGCUCUGAGCUUUUCAACUUGCGAUCAGGAAAUCUCAGUUUUGACAUAAAAGAAGAAGUUCGUCCUUGCUGAUGUUGGCCUAAUGUUUGAGGAAACUGCUCCUUUGGACCAGGUUGGAAAUGGGAAAGAAAUCAAAGAUUUCGUCUUUGAGAUGGCUAUGGAGUUGUCCAACAACAAGAGAAGAACAAAGCAACUAAGCUUUUUGUUCAGGGAAUCUAAUGGUGAGCUUGCUUAGUGUACAGAUAAGUGCUGAAUCUCCGAGCCCUAUGCACAAGGGCGACACCUCCAUAAAGGUUGCUUAUCUGCCAGACCCGCAUGUUUGUUCUUUACCGAUACCCGAUACAAUGCAGCUCGAGUUUAUGGCGGAUAACGGUCAUAGAUCGACGAUGCCCAUGAUGUGUUCAUGAUCCCUACAAUGCCAAGAAGAAGGCACUGAUGUGUGAUUGCAUCUCUAUGGAGGUUGGUCACAUCAAAGAUGAGGGCAAUAUCCUUUUACCGCGAGUGAACUCACUUGAGAUGGAAUCUAUAUGUACACAAUGCAUGUUGUUCAAUCUGUUCUUCUUUUAGAAUAAUGGUUGAUUAUUUUCCGUUUUGCCAUUUAAAUAAUUAACCGCUGUUUGAUUACUGUCUCUCACAUUUAUAGAAGAUGUACGUCCGUCGGCCU